AUGACUUGGACAAAACGGGAUAUGUGGCGGUCUUCUGGUCCCCUCGCAUUGAACAUUGGCGGGUUGUCUGCGUUGUCUGCGGGCGCCUUUCCGCGCUGGACAUUUGCUGACCGUACCGAAAAGGAUCGCCACUCUGCACAUACGGUAUUCCCCCCAACGGACGGUUUGCGCUAUUCCGUGUUCCGAGGUUUGUCGUCCAGUGAGAGGCCGAUGGUCACAGAGUCAAGGUCGCUCCCCCCACAUCGCAUUUCAGUUCCCCUGGGCAAGAACCCGUAUGACCCGUUCUCCGAGAUUUUUUUGAAUCACGGAAACCCGUCAAGUUGGCAGGGCGAACAGGAAUCGCGGGGAGAUGAAGUUCUUAUGCAGGCAAUCUCAUCGAGCGCCUAG